AUGCCUGCACCUUGGAAGAGCGUUGUUGGAGUUAAGUCUUCUAAACCUGCUCAGGUAAGUGAAAAGACUGUCAGCAGUGAAGCAGAAGAUAAUGUGCUACCCAGCAGUGAUGACGAAGUCAUCAAUGAGGAGUUGCAAAAAGGUGUCCAGAAAGCUCAAGCUAUGACGCAGCUUUGGAAAAAAAGAGACUUGAUUGCAAUCUUCAUUAUCAUUUGGGUUAUCCAGUUCGUUCUUGCCUUUUCCUCUGGUAUUAUUGGAACAUUGACACCUUAUGUGACUUCCUCUUUCGAGCAACAUUCGUUGACGGCUUUUGACUGGUGUUAUUUCAACUCUUAUUGCUGGUCUGAUCAAAUUGCCCUAUGCCAAAGUAUUGAUAUCUGGGGAAGAGCUCAGGGUUUUGCCUUUAUGGUGCUAUCAAUUACUAUUGGUACUAUUAUGAUGGCAGGAUGUAAUAACGUCAAAACAUAUUGUGCUGCCCAGGUUUUCUAUUGGGUUGGUUACAACGGUAUUGAUUUCACCAUCACUAUCUUUAUUGCUGAUACCACGAAGCUGAAAAAUAGAGCUUUCAUUCUCGCUUAUACUUCGUCUUGUUAUAUUGCUACCGUUUGGGCUUACGGUCCAGCUGCUGAGAGUAUUUUGAAUACCAUAGGAUUUAGGUGGGGUUUCGGUAUCUGGGCUAUCAUUAUCCCAGUCGUAUGCUCACCUCUUUUUGGUCUGCUCUAUUAUUAUCAACAAAAGGCUGUCAAAGUGGGGCUUAUUCCCAAGAGAGAAAAGAGUGGCAGAACUUUCUGGCAAAGUGUUGUGUUCUAUGGUAAAGAAUUCGAUGUCAUUGGUAUAUUCAUUCUCGCAUUGGGUUUGGCCCUGUUCUUGCUUGGUUUCAACCUUUACUCUUAUCAGAAAAACGAAUGGAGAUCACCUUUGAUCAUCUGCUUCCUAAUUAUCGGUGGCCUGCUGAUAAUCUCCUUUGGAAUCUGGGAAUAUUUUGCUCCUGUCAGUUUCAUCCCAUGGGAGCUUCUCACUAACAGAACUGUUAUCUUCACCUACUCCAUGGCUGCAGCAAUGUACUGCUCUUUUUACAUUUGGGAUUCUUAUUUUUUUCGUCAUCAUUGUCGUUUCAAUCUGAGUACAGCUCGAGCCACUUAUAUCACCAACAUUUACAGUAUUGGUUCGUGUUUCUGUGCCUUGGUGGUUGGUGUCAUAAUCAGGUGUUAUGGAAGAUUAAAAUCGAUUGCCCUUUUCUGGGGUGUUCCUAUCACUAUGCUCGGAUGUGGUCUUAUGAUCAAAUACAGAAGCCCAGACUCUAACCUAGGGCUAAUCGUUAUGUGCCAAUUGUUUAUUGCAUUCGGUGGUGGUGCUUUGGUCAUUUGCGAACAGAUGACUGUUAUGGCCGUCUCUGCUCAACAGCAUAUCCCAGCUGUUCUUGCCAUGGAAGCUAUGGUCAUCGCUAUUGGAGAGGCCGUUGGUCAGACCAUUGCAGGUGCCAUGUGGACUGGUAUUUUCCCCAAGAAGUUAGCCGAGUAUUUGCCAGCGGAUGUUCAAGAUCAGCUUCUAAGUAUUUAUGGAAGUUUGACGGUUCAAAUUUCUUAUCCAAGGGGAACCGCUGCGCGUGAAGCAAUUGAUAGAUCCUACGGUGACACACAAAGGCUCAUGUGUAUUGCGGCUACUUGCAUUUACGCUACAUGUAUCUUUUCCACUCUCUUGUGGAAAGAGGUUAAUGUUAAAGAGAUCAAGCAAGUCAAGGGUCUUACUUUGUAG